AAGAAGAAAUAACAAAAAUUUCAAUGGUAUAGAUAUAUUUCAUUUGUCUUUUUUUGUUUUUUCGUUUCUUAAUUUAAUAGUUUUAUAGACAUUUCAAACAAAAAGGAACGGGAAAAAGUGCACAUGAUUUAACUAAUGAUUCAACAUUAAGUAAAAAUACAGUUGUAUUAAAUGAAAAUAAUGAAGAAAGUGAUGAAGAAUUACUUAUAGAAAAACAAAAUUUUAAAAUAAAAGAAAAAAGUGAUGCAGAUUUUGAUAAAGAAGAACUUGACAGAGUACGACAAAAAUUUAAUGCAAAAAAAUUAGCUCAACAAGAAAAGAAAAAAACACUUCAACUUGAUAUUGAUGAUGAUGAUGAUAAUCAAAAAGAUAUUUCAACAACAAAAUCAAAUGAAAAUGUUAAACUUGAAAUUGAACGAUUAAAAAAAGAAUUAUAA